CCGGGUUGGCUAGAGGAUUUAUGUUGCUCCAUCUCAAAUUCUAUUUAACUACUCUGUUCUUCUUACCCAGCAGUGUACGAGGACUGUAGGACACACAGACACAGUCUCUCUCUCUGCGUGUGUGUGUCAGAAUCUCAGCCAUGAACAUGAAGACGACCAACAAGAUGAGGGGUUUAAUGUGCCAGUCGCCCGGGGCGACGGCGGUGUGUAUGCCAGGAGAUCCCCGAUCAGUGGUCGUGCCGAGGAGGCCGGACAGAUCGUUGGUUGAUGAUUCUAUGUUGAUCAACUCCAAGUACUAUCGGCUCAUUGAGCCCCGGAGGUUGUCUUCUUUGGGUGAUAACAGACCAGCGCCACUGUCUUUGUCGUCGUCCAUCCGGAGGGAACGAGAGUUCGAACGAAGGUCCUCGAGCACUUGCUCCAUACCCACUUCACUAGCUUCCUCUGAUCAGGCCUUUCAGGUGGUUGUUAUGAAAGUUUCUCUUCAUUGCCAAGGUUGUGCUGGUAAAGUGAGGAAACACUUAUCCAAGAUGGAAGGGGUGACUUCAUUCAGUAUAGACUUGGAGACGAAGAGGGUGACUGUGAUGGGACACAUCUCACCUGCCGCCAUUCUGGAGAGCAUAUCCAAGGUGAAGAAGGCGGAGUUAUGGAUGAAUUGUUGAAAGAGAUCGAUGUACUUCCUUUAUAUAUAUAUAUAUAUAUUGGUUGUUGAAUGGACGACUACAACUUGAGAAAUAUUAUUGUAUUUGGAUCUUGUUUUCUGAAAAAAUGGUGUUGUAUCUGCAGCAUCAAUGCCAAUUAUAUACAUUGUUAAGUGGAACAAUGUAUUUGUAGGUCAA